CUUCUACUGGCACCACUAUGUCAGUCUCAUGUUCUUUCUUCUUCAUCACUCUCACUAGCACUGCCCGGUAGAUUCUAACCGGUUUUUUUUUCUUCAGAUCCCCGUCACGAUAAAGAGUUUGGUAGCGUUAGUUAUAUUAUUUGAUUGAAGCCCGGGUUUUUAUCUCCAGAUUCUGUAUCCCUAAGGAAUCUUCAUUUAUUUCAGUUGGCCUAUACAUCGUUCUUUUUCUUCGCUAAGAAUCAAUCUUCUGGGAUUGAAUCACCCUGGCUUGAAUAAAUUCCUUCGGUAUCCUUAAUUGACCACGGUAUCUUACUGGGUCGUUAUAAUACCUGUCUCCAAACUUUGCCAUUUACCUACAUAACAGUUUCACUGCCAGUUUAUCCCUUUCAGGUUUUAACCCGUUCUGGCCCUCCACUAUUACUUCCCAUAGCUUUUUGCUGCGUAAAACCUUCUGUUUUGUAUCCAUGCCCCGUUUACAGUCCCGCUACAGCUCUCUUGCUGCCUCUGCGGUCGUCUCCUUAGCCGCCGGCACACCUUACCUAUACGGUGUAUUCGCCCCCCAAUUGGUCAAACAGCUCGGCCUAGCAGCUUCAGACUCUGCAACCUUUGCGCUCGCGUCCAACAUCGGCUCGGGCCUCGGCGGCUUGCCCGGAGGCAUUUUGAUAGAUACCAAAGGCCCCCAGCUCGCGAUUAUUGUUGGCUCCAUCUGCAUCUUUACCGGCUACUAUAGCAUCUACUACUGCUAUACACAUGUGUACGCGUCGCUCUGGCUUAUCAGUGCCGCCAUGGCCUCUGUGGGCUUCGGCAGUGUCACAGGCUUCUACGCGUGUGUCAAGACAUGUGCUACCAACUUUCCUGACUACAAGGGCACAGCAGGUGCGUUCCCUGUCAGUGCGUACGGUCUCCUGGCGUUGAUCUUCAGCUCCAUUUCUGCUAUGUACUUUGGAAACAAUACUGGGGGGUUUUUGCGGUUUUUAGCGCUUUUGUGCGGCUCUACCGUCUUUUCGGGUGUGUUUUUUGUCAAGUUCUACCACUUGUCUGACGAGGAAGCGCCAUUAAUCCGUCCGGUGAGAACUCUCCGGACCCCGUCCUCUUCCUCGGUGUUCUCCAACACCGACAGCGUCGCAAGCACCCGUACGUUUUCGCUCAGAAACUCCAUGGUAUUCUUCGGUGUCGGUAAGCGUGACCCGCUCCACCGAUCCGAAUCCUCUGCUGAAAUCACUCGUACUGUCAAAGACGACCAGGCGUUUGCCUCACGAUCCAGUGCCGUGGACACCUUGAAGGUCUUGUUUUCGUCGCGCGUGUUUUUGGUGCACUACAUCGUCAUGGCCCUCAUCGCGUCCAUCGGCCAGAUGUACAUCUACUCUGUGGGCUUUGUCGUCACGGCGCAGAUUAACAACCCGCACAACCGCUCUGCCACGACCCAGGAGGCUGCCCAGGCCAUCCAGGUGUCACUCAUCUCCAUUUGUAGUUUCCUGGGGCGCUUAACCUCAGGCCCUAUAUCUGACUUCUUGGUGCACAAGAUGCAUGCACAGCGCCACUGGUUGGUCAUUGCUGCAACCGUAUUACUCUCCGUGGGCCAACUCUUGGCCACACGGUUAGACAGCAUCGACUCUUUGUGGAUGGUGAGCUCGCCCGUGGGACUUGCGUACGGCUUCUUGAUGGGCGUAUAUCCGGCCAUAAUGGCGGACUUGUUCGGCACCGCCGGGCUCUCCACCACCUGGGGCUUGAUUUGCACCGGUCCGCUUGCCCUUUUGUUUGUCUUGUCGUCUUACUUUGGUGUUAUCUACGAUCGCAAUAGUGUGGUGGACCCAGAGGUCGGCAAGAUCUGCCGCGCCGGUGUGGCCUGCUACAAAGACGCCUUUGUCACUACCGAGGGACUCUGUGUGGUGAUCUUUGUCAUCACUUUGGGUCUUAUUUACUACCAAAGAAUACAAUAGGCGAUUAUAGAAUAGGUUUAGUCACCCAAAGGCUUGAGCUGUAUGGUACACGCCGGGUAUUUAGCCAGUCUUGGACCGUCUUGAAGUGACCAUUUGAUAUACAAAAUAUAAUACGAAAGGAUAUAAGUCUGAUAGUUAUAAUUGCUUUCAAAUGAACAUUGAAGGGCACUCGCUCUAUUCUUCAUUUAGAUACUUCCCUGCCUUGGUAAACUCUUAUAGAUACAACUCGGUUGUUGUUGGAUAGUCGUAUAUACUCUAAA